GCGGAGGCGGAGGCGGCGGCGGGGCGAGGGCCAGCCAUUCCUCCCUCCUUCCCUCCGUGCGCGGGCGUGCGUCCGUCCGCCUGCAGCUCCGUCCGUCCGUCCGUCCAUGGCGACGCCAGGCAACGGCUGCGGCCUGGGCUGCAGCGGGGGCGGGGGUUCCCGCGGGAAGGGCGCCCCCUCCUCCUCCUCCCCGCCCCCGCCCUCGCCCUCCUCCCUGAUGGGGGCCUUCGAGGGCUCCGCGGGGUCGGGCCGCUGCGUCCCGGCGUGGGGCUGGCGGGUGUGCCUGGCGCACCGCUUCGCCGAGCGGAGGAAGCCCUACCAGGCCUCGGACAUCUCCGCCGCCCACGCCUUCAAGCACCUCGGCAUGGCGCUCAGGUACUUCAGGUGGUGGUACCGGAAGACCCGGCUGGAGAAGAAGCAGCCCUUCAUCGACCUCUUCAACUCCCAGCCCCUCCGCCAGAUCUAUGGCUGCCCGCUGGGGGGCUUCGGGGGCGGGACCAUCACCCGCGGCUGGAAGGGGGACUUCUGCCGGUGGCAACUAAACCCAGGCCUCUACCACUACAAGAGGGUCGUCGCUGACCAGUUCACGGUGUGCCUGCGGCGCAAGGGCCAGACGGCCUACCAGCAAGUGCUGUCGGUGGAGCAGCCCAGCUGCCUGCAGGGCUGGAACUGGAGCUUCUGCGGCCACUACGCCUUCUACCACGCCCUCUACCCCCGCGCAUGGAGUGUCUACCAGCUGCCCGGCCAGGACCUGGUCCUCACCUGCCGCCAGGUCACCCCCAUCAUCCCCCACGACUACAAGGAGACCAGCCUCCCGGUGGGGGUCUUCGUCUGGGAGGUGGAGAACCUGCGCGACGAGGAGGUGGAGGUCUCCAUCAUGUUCACCUUCCAGAACGGCACGGAGACCAAGGAGGACCGCCGGGGCGGCCACUGGAACGAGCCCUUCGCCCUCCGGGAGGGCGGCCACUGCGUCCGGGGUGUCCUGCUGCACCACUGCCUCCCGGUCAACGGGUACACGCUGGCCAUCGCUGCCCGGGAGAAGGCGGGCACCUCGGUCACCCACUUCACGUCCUUCAACCCCGCCGGCACCGGAGAAGAAGUGUGGCGGGACCUCCUGGAGGACGGAAGGCUGGACUCCCCACCAGGGAAGGGCCCCCCGACGGAGAAGGGGGAGGCGUGUGCGGCCGCCGUGUGUGCCACAUGCACCGUGCCGCCCCUCGGGCGUGGGACCCUGGAGCUGGGCCUGGCCUGGGACAUGCCGCGCAUUCACUUCGGCUCCAAGGAGAAGGAGCACUACAGGUGGUACACGCGCUUCUUUGGCCGGGAGGGGGACGCCUGUCCGGCCCUCGCCCACUACAUGCUGACCCACUACCCCGAGUGGGAGAAGAGGAUCGAAGCCUGGCAGAGGCCCAUCUUGGAGGACAGCGACCUGCCCGCUUGGUACAAGUCAGCCCUCUUCAACGAGCUGUAUUUCCUAUCGGACGGAGGGACCCUCUGGGUGGAGUUCCAGCCUGAAGAUGCCCCCUCCCUGGCCGCCGGUCAAGGCCUCUCCGGCCUGCUGCCCGUCCUCAAGGAGUACGGCCGCUUCGCCUACCUGGAAGGCCAGGAGUACCGGAUGUACAACACCUACGACGUCCACUUCUACGCCUCCUUUGCGCUCGCCAUGCUGUGGCCCAAGCUGGAGCUCAGCCUCCAGUACGACAUGGCGGUGGCCGUGCUGAGCGAGGACCCCCGCCCCCGGGUCUACCUGAUGAACGGGCAGACGGCCCAGGUGAAGCUCCGCAACGUGGUGCCCCACGACAUCGGCGAGCCAGACGAGGAGCCCUGGCAGCGCGUCAACGCCUACUUGAUCCAUGACACGGCCGACUGGAAGGACCUCAACCUGAAGUUCGUGCUGCAGGUCUACCGGGACUUCUUCCUCACGGAGGACUGCACCUACCUGAGGGACAUGUGGCCCGUCUGCCAGGCCGUGAUGGAGUCAGAGCUGAAGUUCGACACAGACGGGGACGGCCUGAUUGAGAACUCCGGCUUUGCUGACCAGACAUAUGAUGCCUGGGUGGUGACCGGGGCCAGUGCCUACUGUGGUGGCCUGUGGCUGGCGGCCGUGUGCAUGAUGUGCCGCAUGGCCGAGAUCCUGGGCGAAGGGGCCGCUCUGCAGAGAUACUCCGCCAUCCUGUCCUCGGGCGCCGCCGCCUUCGAGAGGCUGCUCUGGAACGGGAGGUACUACAACUACGACAGCGGUGGCGGGCCGUCUUCCAACAGCAUCAUGUCUGACCAGCUGGCCGGGCAGUGGUUCCUCCGGGCCUGCGGUCUGGGAGAAGGGAAGUACCAGGUCUUCCCACAGGAGCAUGUGCAGAGCGCCCUGCGGACCAUCUACGAGAUGAACGUGCUGGGCUUCUCUGAGGGGGCCAUGGGGGCUGUGAACGGGAUGCGCCCGGACGGGGUGCCCGACACCUCCAGCGUCCAGUCUGAUGAGGUCUGGGUGGGAGUGGUCUACUCCUUGGCCGCCACCAUGAUCCAAGAGGGCCUGGUGCAGGAGGGCUUCCGGACGGCGGAGGGCUGCUACCGGACGGUGUGGGAGCAGCUGGGCAUGGCCUUCCAGACGCCCGAGGCCUACUGCCAGAAGAGGGUCUACCGCUCCCUGGCCUACAUGCGGCCCCUCAGCAUCUGGAGCAUGCAGCUGGCCCUGGAGCGCCAACGCAAGGGGGCCACGCAAAGGGCAUCCGGACGCCCCUCCACCCCCUGAACGGACGGACAAGAGAGGGGUUGGUGCAGGAGCAGGCCCACCGCGUGGACAGGAGGAGGGGGUCCCCAUAUGCCCAGCUUGAAGGGGGCGGGGCUGCCUUUCCUGGGCUUAUAGACGGGGGUCCACAAUAUGGGAGCGGGGUCCCAAUGUGAAGAAUUACCCCAUUUAUUGGGGGGCUGCCUGUCCCUGCUCCCCGGCUGCUCUCGUGGUCUGUAUGAAGGAGACCCAACCCCCCCCCCCUUUCUUCUUAAUGGGGGGAGGGCAGUGGCAAUCCCCUCCCCCUACUCACUGUCCCCAUAUUUUCCUCCCCUAUCUCCCCCCCCCCCCAAUUGAUUUGCACACAAUCAAGCUGUACACAAUCUUGGAUGGCGCCAGGAUUAUUUUAUAGAUGUUGAGUGAUUUUAAUUUAAAGUAAUUAUUAUAAUAAUUAUUAUAAUAAAUUGUUUUUUUCCCCUGC